GUGGUCAAGAAUGACGUAGGGCAAGCCCUCUGACACUUGACAAGCUGCUUACCGGUACUUCCCUUGUCACCCCUGUCAGGUAGGUUAGUGAAAAGCUGUGAAGAUGCCGGACGCCGAUGGAAUCGAGCGGGGCCCGGCUGCUACGCCAAAGGACUUUGUCAAGGCUCUCGAAAAGAGGGAGUUGGCAAGGCUACAAGUGCCAAAAAUUGACUUCUUCCACUUUGAAGGGGAGAGGGUGUCAAAAUGGUUGGAGCUCCUGGAACAGAUUACAGCCGAGGUGCCAGAAGCGGUUAAGUUCAAAUACCUACCUCGAUACAUCUGGUGGGAAAUUCGGCCUGAGAUAAUGAAGGUUGUUGCUGGAGCAGGGGGAGACUGGGCAAAGUUCAAGGCUGAAAUGCAAAGGCGGUUCAAGCUAGGAUAUGGCUUGCUGACAAAGACGGAUCUGGAGAUGAUACAACGAGAUGAGUCCUCAACGGUGGGGGCAUUUGCAACUGCCUUCGAGAAGAUGGCGAAGAAAGUCCCAGGAUUGGCAGAAGAGGAACAAUGUGGUACCUUCCUAGGGCACUUCAAAAAUUGGGAGACCUCCUCGCUUACCAAGAAGGCUGCUCCAGGGAAGAAGCUCACUUGGGCGGCCAUAAAAGAAGGUAAUGGACGGAGAACUGGACCAGGUAGACAUCUUCCAUAUGAGGCAGGCUUGUAGCCCGACACUUCUUGCUCGUUCUGGCGUACGGUGGGCUGCCAUUGCGGUAUGUCCUCUCGGCCAAGCUAACCACAGGGAUGCUGCUACGGGGGAGGAGGAGGUGUCCUCCGACGUUCAUGAGCGGCUGUGAGAGCUCUGCGUAUGAGCGCGCCUGCGGUACUUGCCACGGUGUUCGAGAAGCUGUGAGCCAUCACAUGAAGGGAACGAGAUUAGAAGAAGGGCAGGGGCGUGAAGGGAGGCUACGAGAACGGCCAGGGGAAAGAGUGACUAACAAGACAAAAGAAAGUCGAACGAAUUUGGACGCAGUUCCGCACCAGGUGCGUUCGAAGGAAAAGGAGAAGAAAAGAACGAAAAUGGUCUAGCUCGCUCGUUCCUUAACGGAAUCGGGCAAAUCAAGAGUUCAACAUGAG